AUGCGUCUACUACCUCGGCGUAGUCCCAACCUACUACAAUGUCUCCGCGCAUCCCCAAAAAUAAACCAUUCUUCACAGCAAUACCGGAAUCUUACCCGACGAACCCCAAAUGAAAACGAGCGAAACCUCGAGUCCAGACUCGAUUAUAUCGCCGCGCAUCGACGGCAGUUCGAGAGAAAUCGACUUUUCAAACGAAGGUCUUACUAUGCAGGCGCUGGUCUCAUCCUUUCACUGGUGGGCUUGUGGCUUACUGCAAAAUCAGUCGACCUCCCUCCUGCAAAAAUGGACUCGGGGCGACGGGCAGAAGAUCCUGUGGUUGUGUUAGGUAGAGAGAGAAAAGUGGUUGUACAAAAGCUAGGAGAGAACCCGGAAGAAGUCGUCGAUACUGUGGAAACAGGAACGAGCACUGUCCCUACCUUCCCCCGCAUCCUGGAUUUUUUUGACGACGACACCAGCGUGGGUGCUGGAGGUACUGCGCCGGUAAAGAACGAUGAUCGACUUGUAGAAUAUCAGCUUAUGGGACUGGGAAUACGAACAGUCAGUUUCCUGGGCAUUCAGGUCUAUGUGGUUGGAAUGUAUAUCGCCACUGAGGACAUCGCAAUAUUGCAGGAGGCCUUGAUCCGGGAAAUUGACCCAAUUGCUUCCACUCUGGUCGCUGGGGAAAAAGAGAAAUUGAAGGCGAAACUGUACGAUCCCCAAGAGGGCGUGGAGAUAUGGGAUAAUAUUUUGAAGAAAAGCGGGGUACGAACACUCGUGCGAAUAGUACCUACUAGGAAUACGGACUUUCACCAUUUGAGAGAUGCUUGGGUUCGAUUACUCACUGCUCGGGCACAGGCAAAGAAAGAGGAGUAUGGAGAUGAAGCAUUUGGUGCCUCGUUGGGUGAGUUUAAACAGCUUUUCAACAGAGGAGGCGUGCCCAAAGGAAAAGAGCUUCUUUUGAGUAGAGACUCCAGAGGCAAAGUUGCCGUUUGGUAUGAUGACGGAAAGGUUGGCGCAACAAGAUUGGGACACGUUGUUGAUGAGCGCAUAUCUCGACCCAUCUGGCUGAAUUACGUUGCGGGCAAGACAGUAGCCAGCGAGGGAGCCAGAAAGAGCAUUGUCGAUGGAGUUAUGGAAUUCGUUGAGCGUCCUGUUGGUACUGUUGCCACGCAGGUCGUAUGA